AUGGAUUGGUAUUAUGGAUGUGGAACGAAUGAUUUCGUUGUACCCGGCGAUCAAGAUCUAUUGGCUACGCAUCCUUCACCGGAAAAUUGGUCUAAAUGGGGAAUUAACGCACCGGAAGGUUACAAUUCACCUAAGAAUUUCAUGAGCAUGGAUUCGAAUACAACAGACACAGAAUUCAACUUCGACGGCGAAAGUUUCAGUAACCGAGUCAAGUUCGAAUCAUCUUCCUACGAGAAAGCUCAAUCUAGCAGCUCAAGCGUAUGUGAAGGAUUGACUGAUCAAUCGUUUCAACAAACAUCGCUUUCACAUCAUCAUCGUCGUCAGAUGAAUUACCAGCUUCAAGAACUUUCAUCAAGUUUCGAACAGACCGAUGACAUUUUCUUGGAUUCGAUACUCGAAGAUUUUCCAUGUGCUGAAAACCUAAACAAGUCUUUUUACUUUUAUCCUGAAAACCAAUGCAGCAAUUCACCUGGUGGAUUGCAGAGAGAUAUGGCAGCUUCUGAGUUUCUUUCAUGUAACUCGAAUUCCGAUGAUUGCUUGAAUAUAGAGACACUUCAAAUCUUGGAUCAUUCUGAGCAAUUCAAUGGAGAUGAAUCAAUGCAUACACACUCAUCUAUUGAGGAAUCUACACUUCAGAAUCUCGAGGCAAUAAUUUCACAGUUCAGCGACAAGACUCGAAUUAGCUUCCGAGACGCACUUUACCGCCUCGCCAGAGACACAAAACAACAGCACGCCGUAGACGAUCUGGAUGGCGAUAUUAGCAUGCAAGAAGCCUUGAGAUCCGACAACAAGCAACCGAUGGAAUCAGAAACCAACAGUGUUGACAGAGCGGUCGCAAAUCUCAUGUUCAAUGGAACCGCAUACUGCGAAUGCUGA